AUCCUUCCAGAAGGCAGAUCCGCAGGAGGCUGUCAAUUGCCUGCUCCGCGCCAUCGAGAUCUACACAGACAUGGCCGUGGCGCACUACGAGCAGGCGGCCGAUUACUACCGAGGGGAGGAAUCCACCAGCUCAGCCAACAAGUGCCUGCUGAAGGUGGCGGCGUACGCGGCGCAGCUCGAGCAGUUCCCGCGCGCCAUCGACAUCUACGAGCAGGUCGGGCCUUCCUCCCCUCCUCCUCCUCCUCUUCCUCGGUCAGGACUGGAGCAUUUCUUCAGGGCCGCCCUCUGCCACUUCUGCGUCGACAUGCUCAACGCCAAGCUGGCGCUGCAGCGUUACGAGGAAAUGUUCCCGGCCUUCUCCGACUGCCGCGAGUGCAAACUGCUCAAGAAGCUGCUGGAGGCUCACGAGGAGCAGAACGUGGACGCCUUCACCGACGCCGUACGUGCCAAAAACCUCCCAAAAUCACCCCAAAAUCACCCCAAAAUCACCCCA